AUGGCAACAUCUGCAUCACAUUACUUAUUGGAUGAGAGUGUUGAAGCUCUUAAUCAAAUUGAUGGAAUUAGUGGAGAAGUAUACGCAAAAUCUAUUGAGAAGUUUGAGAACGAGGAUAAAAUGUCUUUAAGCGUUGCUCGGUUCAACAAGGAUAAUUUACUGGACGAUUCAGAUGAUGAGUUUGGAGAGAUUUUGCUAUAUUUUGCUUGCGAGGAAUAUAAUCAAUUAUAUCUAUCUCAGCAACCUUGUAGAAAUUCAGCUCUUUCAGGCCAUGAAUACGUUAUGGAAGUGUUGCACAGGCAUUGGAGUAGGUGUUAUGAUUUGUUCAGAAUGAACAAAGAUGUCUUCAAACUAUUUUGUGGUGUUCUAAAAGAAAAAAAUUUAUUGAAGAACUCACGAUAUCUGUCUGUUGAAGAACAAGUGGCUAUGUUCUUAUUUGUGAUUGGCCAUAAUGAACGACAUCGUGUGGUUGCUGAACGAUUUCAGCACUCCAUCUCAACCACAUCUCAUUAUUUUAGGAAGGUUUUGAAUGCAAUAUGUCGUCCAUCCAAAGAACUAAUUACUCCACCUUCAUUUGAUAAUUGUGUUGGAGCUAUAUAUGGGACUCAUAUUUCUGCGCAUGUUCCAAUUGAUGAACAAAUACCAUAUCGAGGUCGAAAAGUGGAUACAACUCAGAACAUUAUGUGUGUAUGUUCAUUUGACAUGAAGUUCACAUACGUUGUCCCUGGAUGGGAAGGAUCAGCUAAUGAUGCACGAAUUCUUCUAGAAUGUGCCACAAACCCAGAUUAUGGAUUUCCAAUGCCGCCCCAAGAAAAAUAUUAUCUUGUUGAUUCUGGCUAUACAAACAUGCCUGAUUUUCUUUCGCCAUACCGAGGGGAAAGGUAUCAUUUGGGCCAGUACACAGAUCUUAAUCCCAUAAGAAAAAAAGAGCUUUUCAAUUAUCGACACUCUUCCUUGAGAAAUGUUGAGCGGUGUUUCGGCGUGUUGAAGGCCCGUUUUCCAAUCCUAAAGCAAAUGCCUUCAUAUGAUCUAAGAAUACAAAAGUACAUUGUCAUUGCUUGCUAUGGGAUUCUUAAUUUUAUAAGGACAAAUGCAGAAGCAGAUGUAUAUUUUGAUGGAGGUGAAGGAAAUUCUGAUGUACAGGCCACUACUUUACAAAGCACGGAUGGAACUUUGACUGAUAGUGUAGAGUUCAGUAUUUCUAGAACUCAUAUACGUGAAAUGGCUCAUGUUCGUGAUGAAAUUGUUGACCAUAUAUGGAGAUUUAGUCGACGAUAG